AUGGAUGUGUUCAACGCUAAAAAACUUAUAAGGUCUAAGUCUGGUUUAAGAAUUGUUGCAACAAAUGAAGAAUUCAUUAGUCCAUUUGUUGUACAAGAACCCAUUUGGGUUCCUGAUAAGGAGAUCACCCAUUGCACUCAUUGCAUGGUAAGGUUUGGUUUCACAACAAGGAAACAUCACUGCCGAAGAUGUGGAAAAAUUUUCUGUAGUUGUUGUUGUGAGACUAAAAUGGAGUUACAAAGAAUGUGUUUUAUUGAUCCAGUCCGAAUAUGCUUGAACUGUGAACCCCAAACUCGUGCUGAGAAUUUAUUUUUUGAUAAGCAUUUAAAAUUAUUAUUGAAUGGUGCCGUUUUCAAAUAUGAAUCAAAAAUUGAUUCUUCAAACUAUCAACUUCUUCAUUGUAAACUGUCCCAGGAUCACAGGUAUCUUUUAUUUGAUGGUGUGAAAAUAGCUCCAGUUGAUGUCAAUCAGAUUGUAUCUAUUGUUAUCAAGAAGGACGAAUUGAAUGAUGGAGUAAAGAGCUUGCUUAUGGAAUAUCUGGUUGGUAAUGAAAAGAAAUCGCUGAAACUAGAUAUUGCUUGUGGAGCACAGGUUGAAAAAGCGGGUAUUAAUUGGUUGACUGCUAUUGAAGAGGCUUUUCGACUGAUAGAACAUUCUGGAAAACAAGAAAAAUGUGAUGAUUAA